UUUGGACAUCUCCAAUUUAUAACAUAUUUUAUUACAUUUAAGAUUCAUAUCUCUAAUUCAUUACACAUAUAUUUGGCCUUGAAUGUCUCAUGUUAAUGCUUCCAGCAAUGACUUACUAUCAAAAAAUAAAUUUGCUCAUCUCAAAUCAAUAUAUAUAAAGAAGAGAUUGUUCUUUCAAUUCAUUUGCAUCACCACCAUGACUAGAAAAAAGGUGAAAUUGGCAUUCAUAAUCAAUGACUCUGCGAGGAAGGCGACAUUCAAGAAAAGGAAGAAAGGUCUGAUGAAAAAGGUUAGUGAACUUAGCACCCUUUGUGGCAUUGAUGCUUGUGCUAUAAUUUAUAGUCCUUAUGAUCCUCAACCAGAAGUUUGGCCAGCUCCAUUAGGAGUCCAAAAGGUGCUUUCCAAGUUCAGAAGAAUGCCUGAAUUGGAACAAAGCAAGAAGAUGGUGAAUCAAGAGAGUUUUUUGAGGCAGAGGAUCCAAAAGGCCAAAGAGCAUUUGACAAAACAAAGAAAAGAUAAUAGAGAAAAAGAAAUGACUCAACUCAUGUUUCAAUAUCUUAGUGCUGAUAAAGUUAUGCACAAUAUAAACAUGGUUGAUUUGAAUGAUAUGGCAUGGAUGAUUGAUCAAUAUUUGAAAGAUAUCAAUAGAAGGGUUGAAGUGUUGACCAAGAAUGCUCAAGGUCAACCACAAAUGGUAGCACCACAAGUGGUGACUAAUGUUGUAGCCAAGGUGGAAGAUAAUAAUGGACAAGGGAGUCAUGGCCAUGUUUUGGAUAUGAAUUUGGAUGUCAUGCAAAAGCAAAAUUGGUUUAUGAAUUUGAUGAAUAAUGGUGGUGGAGAUGAGGCACCUCCUAUGGGAGAUGUCAAUCACCAAAAUGGGUUUUGGCCAAGCCCAUUUUUCCAUUGAUGAGUUAUGUGCUUGUUACCAUCUUUGGUUGUGAUUGCCAUUGGGGUUUAAUAUGCUUUUAUGACACGAAAAUAAGUGGCCAUGGAUGAUUCUAUGGUUUAUGAUUUAUAUGUUUAUUUCUUUGUUUCACCAC